AUGUCGUCGCCAACGAGCUUGGCAAAGGCCGUGGCGAAGGCCAAAAAGGACGACACGUCCACUGGCGAUCCUGAGCAGUUGAUCCAAGCCUUUCGAAAGAUCGACUUGAGAGGCAGUGGUGAGAUCCGGCUGGAGGAACUGGCGUCAGUUGCCAAAGACUUGGGCAUCCGAUGCAGCAAGAACACCUUGAAAAAAGUCUUCCAUGCUGUGGACUCGGAUAGGCGAGGCAUGAUCAAUUUUGAUCAGUUCAAGACUGUGUACUCGAUGCUCAGUACGCAAGAGAAGGUCAAAGAGCUACUUCCGGAAGCCAGUGCUGUGUUCAUCGACUACAGGAACAGUGUGGAGCAGGACCCGUCCUUUGCAAAGCAUUUCCCCAUGCCGCAGAGUUACGCCGCUGUGUCGAAGUAUAGCAACCACUUCCAUGCCACCGUCGAAACACUUCGAUGGGUUGCGGACGGUCAGUUUCUCGCCGCCACUUCGGAAGGGAAGCUGCUUAUUUUCAACGCUGCGAACCACGCCGAUGAGCCCAUCAGACAAUGUAGCGUUGUCGGGACGCCUCUAUACUGUAUGGAUGCGUAUCCCGGUGGUGCCGGAAUCCUGGUAGGACUUGGUAGCAAGGCAGAGAAUUUAUACCUCUGGGACAUGGGCGAGGAGCAAGUCAAGCAGCCGUUUAUGCAGCAGGGUCCUAUUGCCGCUUGCUCUCUUGCGAACGAAAUUGCCUUGGCAGGAUCCGGUGAUGGUUCAAUAGGGAUGCACGAUCUAGAGACCGGGACUUGUAUCACUACUUGGCCGAUGCACGAAAGCCAUGUGACAUCCAUCAAGAUCGACCAUGACGGACGCAGGGUGUGCAGCACCUCACGAGAUGGGCGUGUUGUUGUCUUCGACCAUAACACAUCAAGCAUGGCAUCAUGUGUGAUGGCAGAAAUUCCCGAUGCAGCUGCUGGCUACGCCGUGUAUGAUGCAGUGUGGUGUGGCGACACCGAGCUGCUCACUGCGGGUGAUGACUUCUGCAUCAAGCGAUGGGACAUCCGGAGGCCAAAUGACCUUCCAAUGGCUAGAUACAUGGGUCACACUUCCUGUGUGAGGAGCCUUGCCGUGUCCCCGGAUCGGCAGCUCUUUGCUUCAGGCACUUCCGACAGCAGUGUUCGGCUGUGGGCACUUGACCCUUCGGGAGCAAGGGCAUUCUUGUCCGGCACCGAAGAUGGCAUCAGGAUUACUGAUCUUCUAACCGACCUGAAAGCACGACGAGACAUUGCCGUUGAGCUUGUACAUGCAGGUGAGGGAGAUCUCGAGGAAGUACGUGAACUGACACAGGAGAUCGAGCAUUUGGAAGCCAGUGUGGUCGGAAGCCAAGGCAGCGAUGAGGAGAUCAUCGAUGUUCAUGGAAACAUCCGCGCAGUCCUCGGCCUCCCUGGACACUCGUUGACUGUUGGCACACUGGCGUGGCAAACCGCAGGACCCGGGCAACAUCGCCUGAUAUCUGGUGCUCAAGAUGAGUUUGUUCAUCUGUUCGAAUUUUCAAAAAACAAUGUUGUGUCAGGCUUAGCAGACAUGACCCGUCAGUGUUCAGCACAUUGA